AUGGGAGCACUUCCUUAUCUUGUAUGGGUAGUCAUCUCCUUUCUCGCUACACAGAGCUGUGUCGUAGACGCUCAAGACACUGAAGCUCCGACUCUAACCUGCCCAACGGAUCAAUAUGUCAGUACCGAUAACGGCUUAGCCACUGCAUAUGUCCCAUGGUCGGCAUUUCCAUAUUCUUUUGACAAUGAGGACGGCUUUAAAGUGUGCGACAUCACAUGUCAAGAUCAGUUAGGCGAUAAGGUGGAGUUUGGCGGAACGUAUAAAUUAGGCACGACGGUAGUGACAUGUAGUACCAACGAUACCGCUGGAAACCGAGGAACUUGUAAUUUUGCAAUUACAGUUACAGACGACGAACUUCCAGAAGUCUCUUGUCCCAGCAAUGUUCCUCACAAAGAAACAGACAUCGGGAUGGCGUUUGCUGUGGUCCCUUGGUCUCCAAUGCCAAAUGCUACGGAUAACGUUGACGGCGUGUUGUAUCCUAGCAACAUUACAUGUGUGGAUGACAUAAGCAACACUGUGAGUUCCAAUGACACUUAUGGCGUAGGAACCACGACAGUGACUUGUAGCGCUUCAGAUACAGCUGGAAAUCAAGGAUUCUGCCAGUUUAACAUCACAGUUAUAGACAACGAACCUCCAAAAGUAACUUGUCCAAGCAAUCUUCCUGACAUCCCUACAUACAUCGGGAUGGCGUUUGCCGUGGUCCCCUGGUCAGCAAUGCCAAAUGCUACGGAUAACGUUGAUGGCGUCGUGGAUCCCAUCAACAUCACAUGUGUUGACGACACAGGCAAGAUUGUGAUGUCAAACGGCAUUUAUGCUGUUGGAACCACAACAGUGACAUGUAAUGCUACAGAUACCGCUGGAAAUCAAGGAUCCUGCCAGUUGAACAUCACAGUUGUAGACACCGAACCUCCAGAAGUCACUUGUGCCAGCAAUGUUCCUAACAAAGGUACAGACAUCGGGGUGGCGUUUGCUGUGGUGCCUUGGUCUCCAGUGCCAAAUGCGACGGAUAACGUUGAUGGCCUAUUGGAUCCUAGCAACAUCACAUGUGUGGAUGGCACAGGCGAGACUGUGAGGUCCAACGACACGUACGCCAUCGGAACCACGACAGUGACGUGUAAUGCUACAGAUACAGCUGGAAAUCAGGGAUCCUGCCAGUUUUACAUCAGAGUUAUGGACAUCGAACCUCCAACAGUCACUUGUCCUAACAAUGUUCACAACAUAAGUACAGACAUCGGGAUGGCUUAUGCCGUGGUCUCUUGGUCUCCAAUGCCAAAUGCUACGGAUAACGUUGAUGGCCUAUUGGAUCCUAGCAACAUCACAUGUGUUGAUGAUUUCACAGGCAAGACAGUGAGACCCAAUGACACUUAUGGCGUAGGAACCACGGCAGUGACAUGUAAUGCUGCAGACACAGCUGGAAAUCGAGGAUUCUGCCAAUUUUCCAUCACAGUUGAAGACAAAGAAGUUCCACAAAUUAUUUGUCCCGAUAGCGUGCCGUCCAAGGAAACAGAUAUCGGAGAAGCGGUUGUCAGGUGGUCGCCAAUGCCAUCAGCUACUGAUAAUGUGGACAGCUUUACUAUCAACGACAUUGCAUGUCACGAUGGUGCAGGGGAUGUCGUGGUGUCUAAUGGUACUUAUUCAUUGGGCACCACGACAGUGACAUGUCGUGUAAGUGACAACGCUCAUAACGAAGGAUCGUGCAAAUUUACCAUCAAAGUUGUAGGUUGUCAAGUUGGUCAACACAAAUGCUCCAAUGGCGUGUGCAUUCCUCGUUCCCAAGUCUGUGACAACUUUAAUGAUUGUGGUGACUACGAUAACUCAGACGAGAAGUCUACAUUGUGCGUAUCUGAAUGUUGCCCUAGUCGUGAACGACUUCCCCGGAUUGUUUAA